AUGGACUUUUUCUCUGAAUAUGGUGAUGCCAACCAGUACAAGAUUCAAGAAGUCAUUGGGAAGGGUAGUUAUGGUGUUGUCUGUUCAGCCAUUGACACUCACACUGGUGAAAAAGUGGCUAUUAAGAAGAUUCAUGACAUCUUCGAGCAUAUAUCUGACGCUGAUCGAAUUCUCCGUGAGAUAAAGCUGCUCAGACUUCUUCGACAUCCUGAUAUUGUAGAAAUAAAACACAUUAUACUGCCCCCAUCAAAGAAGGGCUUUAAAGAUAUUUAUGUUGUUUUUGAGCUCAUGGAGUCUGAUCUUCAUCAAGUCAUCAAAGCCAAUGAUGACUUGACAAAAGAACACUAUCAAUUUUUUCUUUAUCAAUUACUUCGAGCACUAAAGUACAUUCAUAGUGCCAAUGUCUAUCAUCGAGAUUUGAAGCCAAAAAAUAUCCUGGCAAAUGCAAACUGUAAGCUAAAAAUAUGUGAUUUUGGGCUAGCUAGAGUUGCCUUCAGUGACACACCAACAACCAUAUUUUGGACGGAUUAUGUUGCUACAAGGUGGUAUAGAGCUCCAGAGCUAUGUGGAUCAUUUUACUCAAAGUAUACACCAGCAAUUGAUAUAUGGAGUAUAGGUUGCAUCUUUGCUGAAGUACUAAUGGGAAAGCCACUUUUUCCUGGGAAAAAUGUAGUCCACCAAUUGGACCUGAUGACAGAUCUGCUUGGGACACCAUCAAUGGAUACUAUAUCACGGGUACGUAAUGAAAAAGCAAGAAGAUACCUAACUAGCAUGAGGAAAAAGCAGCCUGUGCUAUUUUCUCAAAAGUUUCCCAAUGCAGACCCUUUAGCACUAAGGUUACUGGAAAGAUUGUUGGCGUUUGAUCCGAAAGACCGGCCUACUGCUGAAGAGGCAUUGGCUGAUCCUUACUUCAAGGGGCUGGCAAAAGUUGAAAGAGAGCCAUCUUGCCAGCCUAUAACAAAAAUGGAAUUUGAAUUUGAAAGACGAAGAAUCACUAAGGAAGAAAUUCGAGAACUGAUUUUCCAUGAGAUUCUAGAGUAUCAUCCUCAACUAUUGGAAGACUAUAUGAAUGGAACAAGAACUAAUUUUCUUUAUCCAAGUGCUGUUGAUCAAUUUAAAAAGCAGUUUGCACAUCUAGAGGAAAGUGGUAAAAAUGGUCCUGUUAUGCCACUUGAUAGAAAGCAUGUUUCUCUUCCAAGGCCAACAGUUGUACAUUCAAAUACAACACACCCAAAAGAUCAAACAAACAUUGCUGCUUGCAAAAACCGACCAACCACUGAGGAAUACAACAGGAAUUCCAGAGAUACAAAAAUUUUAGUGCCAAGGUCAAUGCAGGGAUCACAAAGAAUUCCCCAAGCAAAACCUGGUAAAGUUGCGGGGCCUGUUGCACACGAGUAUGACAACAUUGUGAAGGGUUCUUCUGAUCCCAGGUCGUUUAUUAGAGGUUCUUUGCUUCCUACUCAAGCUGUUCCCCCAGCAUACUAUUAUCAUCAAAGAUCCAGCACUGGAAACCAAGAAAGGUUAGCAACAGAAGCUGACAAGAGUGUGCUGCAAGCAAAACAUGCACAACAACACUGUGGAGUUAAUGCCAAGAGGGAACCAGAUAUAGCUAUUAAUAUUGAUACAAAUCCCUUUUUUAUGACAAGGGCAGGAGUUAACAAGUUAGAGCAAGGUGAUCAAAUAGUCAUUGAUACAAACUUGUUGCAGCCAGAGGCAUAUGGUGGAAUCAGUGCUGCAGCUGGGGCCACUGCACAUAGAAAGGUUGGUCCUGUUCAGUAUGGUAUGACAAGAAAGUUGUAG